AUGUCGGACGCCCAAGGCAUCCCGGCGAACUUUCUGGGGUUGACAGCUGAAGAGCUGGCCGCGCUGCCACACGACGAUAAAUCCAAAGAGCUUCUCGCGAGUGUCUGGUCUCUGUUUGCCGUUGCGUCCAUCUUCUUGGCCCUGCGCGUCUACUGUCGCCUCCUUACGAGACGGCAAAACCUAUGGUGGGAUGACUGGGUCCUCAUUGCUUCAUGGGUCUGCAUCCUCAUCACGACGUCUAUUCAAUCAUACCUCACCACUCUCGGCUAUGGAAAACACUCAUGGGACAUUGACCCGGCCAACAUACAAGCCAUGAUGCUCCCAAUGCUCGUCUCGGGUACCUUUUCCGUCACGGCCGCCGUGUGGAGCAAGACAUCGUUUGCGAUUACGCUGAUGCGCAUCACCGACGGCUGGAUCAAGAACGUUGCCAUCUUUGCCAUCGUCUCCAUGAACAUCUUCAUGGGUUUGUCGGGCCUGUUCUCAUGGAUCCGGUGCAAACCCCUCCACAAAGCAUGGGACCUCACGGUGCCGUUCGAAGAGGGCACUUGCUGGGCCCCCGAGGUGCUGGAGCGCUACGACAUCUUUUCGUCGUCCUUCUCGGCCUUUAUGGACAUUGCGCUCGCCAUACUGCCGUGGAAGUUCCUCUGGGGCUUGCAGAUGCAGCCCAGGGAGAAGAUCGGAGUGGGCAUUGCCAUGAGCAUGGGCGUCUUUGCGGGCGCCACGGCCGUCGUCAAGACUACAAAGUUGCCCGGAAUGGCCUCGGCAGAUUUGGCUGACGGCAUCAAGCUCUGGAUCUGGGGCAACGCCGAGACGUGCGCGUCCAUCAUCGCCGCCAGCAUCCCCAUGCUGCGCGUGCUGGUGCGCGACGUCAAGUCGUCGCGCGGGUACCAGACGGGCUACGCCAACAACGACGCGGGCCUGACGGGCAACUACAGCCGCUUCGUCACCAUCACCAGCAAGCCCGCGCGCGUCACCAGCGACAUUGAGCUGCACAAGAUGGACGACGACGGCAGCGACCGGAGCAUCCUGGGCGGCAAUAACAAUCAUAACAGUAGUAAUAAUCAUAACCACCAAGAAAGAGAGGGCGGGGUGCAGCCAAAGAACCGUGGCAUUGUCCAGGUGACAGAGAUUACCGUCAAGUAUGGCGAGGGUGAGGGCGAGGGUGAGGAGAUUGGAGGGGCGCAGGCGAGCAGUAGUAGUAAUGUUAGUUCGGCGCAGAAUGGGACUAGGGAGGGGUGA